UCGUCGGUCGAGGUGGUCUGAGAUCUGGCGGGCGAUCCGAUAUCCUGCAAGAGGAGACAGGGGAUAGCAGCUGUUGCGCAGGGCAAACACUCGGAGACGAGCCCUCUCAGCAGCAUGAGGAGGCGGGAGAGAGGAAAGGUCGCGCUGGCUGCUGCGGACCUCGUUCAGACUCCAUUUCAACGUAUCCUCGAACAAUCACCACUCACACAUCUUCCUCUUCUCCCCUUCCACGCAAACAGAACCAGAGCAGAAAGGCUCACCGCAACGGUAUCAAGAAGCCCAAGACGAACAGGUACCCUUCGCUCAAGGGUGUCGACCCCAAGUUCGUCCGCAACCAGCGAUACGCCAAGCACGGAACCGAGAAGGCCCUCCGUGAGAGCCGUGCCGCUGCUAGGACUGCUGCGUAGAGGAAGGAUGGUUCUUGCCGUUCGAUGACUUCACCAUCGAUGAAGGUGGUGGGGCCAUUGGCGGCGUAGUGGACUAGCGGGAGGGCUCUCUUCUUUGCCCUUUCGCUCGACAUUGGCUCGCCUCCUCACCUUGU